AAGAAUUGCGUAAUGCAAAAUUGUAUAGUGCCAAACUUGAAAUCAUGAAAAAGCCUCAUCCUCUUGCUAGACUAGUCUAUGGCACUGACACAAGGUACACCAGAUUCGUAAGUGACUCAUAAACCAGGUUUUUCCAUUUGAGAAACAUCUCACCUGUGAAAAGUGUGAAUUUGGGUUUUUAAACUAACAAUUGCCAACUAAAUAAUGGGUGAAGAAUUUUACAAGGGAGCUUUAUCAGUUCCAAUUCGUUCACUUGAUGAAUUAAAAUCCUGGAAGCCUCUCAUUGAUCGUUCAAGAUCCCAGUUUGGGCAGCAGUGUUUUACAGCUACUGAACCAGGUGGAAGUUUUAGGGAACAGUCCACAAAUAAUGUACCUAAAACUAUUAUCUGUCACGAUAUGAAGGGUGGCUACCUUGAAGAUAGUUUCAUUGAAGGAUGUUCAAAUGCUGAGGCAUACAGUUUCAUUCAGUGGGGCAUUGUUGAUAUUUUUGUCUACUUCAGCCAUCAUUUCAUUACCGUUCCGCCACCCUGCUGGAUCCAUGCAGCCCACCUUCAUGGGGUCCCUAUUCUGGGUACUAUAAUCACAGAAUGGGAUGAGGGAACUACCAUUUGCAAGGAAGUAUUUUCAUCUAAAGAUGCAGUCAAUGAGUUUGUCAGUUCAAUAACUGAUUUAACACUGUACCAUAAUUGUGAUGGCUGGCUUAUCAAUAUUGAAAACUCAUUGGAGAAAAUGGUAGUAGAUAAUAUUUUAUACUUUCUUCGUCGCUUGAAACAAGAACUUGUUUUCGCUGGAAAUUGCGGCAAGAUAAUUUGGUAUGAUAGUGUUACUAAAGAUGGAAAACUGGAUUGGCAGAAUGAACUAAAUGCAAAAAAUAAAGACUUUUUCGAUUCUUGUGAUGGAAUCUUCUUAAAUUAUGUAUGGGAGCCAGCAAAUUUGACGAAAUCUGCCAUUGUGGCCGGAGAAAGAAUAUUCGAUGUGUAUGUUGGUAUCGACGUUUUUGGACGAAAUUGCUUCGGAGGCGGUGGAUUCAAUACAGAUGCAGCCUUUUCCGUUGUAAGGCAGCACAAUCUUUCUGCCGCGGUUUUUGCUCCUGGCUGGAUUUACGAAUGUCACCCUAUUGAACAAUUUAAAGAGCUCAGCUUCAAAUUUUGGUCGCUUCUGUUUCCCUACAUGAAUUUACAUGGAACGAACUCGUUACCUAUUCGUACAAGUUUCUGUCCCGGAUAUGGUCAAGGGAAGUACGACGGUGGACAGUUGGUAGACAGCAAGCCAUGGCAUAACAUGUCUCGCCAACAACUGCAGCCAUGCCUGGCUGCUGUUCGCGGACUAUUUGAAAUUAAAGGAGACAUUUUUGACGUUUUCAGAUGUGGAUCCAAAAGCACUUUUGGAAAGCAGGAAGUGUGUAAUGCUGAUGCCUUUAAUGGUGGGGGAUGCUUGAAUAUUCAAAGCCCUACCGAUGCAGUGUUUCCGUUAUUCUUCUGUGAAAUUCCUGUUAUCCGGCCAAUGACAUUGGCAAUCGUCUUGAAAACGAGUAACAAACAGCCUUUGCUCCUCAAACUAUGUUUUAUGCUACCUAAUACGUUCCAAAAAACUAGUAUUUCGUGUCCUCUUGUUCCGUGUAUGGAUCAAUUUCGUUCGGCUGCAGAUAACGAAUGCCGAACCACGCCGAUUGUUUCUUCGAUAGCAAUCGAUUCCCAAUGCGACUAUAUUGAUGGAAGCCUUUUUCGUUCUAAGGCAAAUUCAUCCGGCUGGGAUAUAAGACUAUUUCAGAUUACGUUGGCUGAGCAAGUUGUAAAUGGCGUACAACUAAACAGCAUUAGUCUUGAAAGCAAAGGUGAAACAGAUUGCAAAAUCGGUUAUUUGAGCUGCUUCUGAACUGAAAUUUAUGCUGUCGGAUACAUUGCAUUAACAAGUCCUAGAAGAAAAUCAAAGCAUGCAAAAACAAACGAAAAGGCAACUGCGACCUGCAAACGUGUAAAAGAUUACGUGUCAACGAAAAAGAUCAAUAACACAUGUCACACCUCAA